UUAACAGAAAUGUGGAAAAACACAAGAAAAACACCACGGAUAUUUUCUGCAGAUUCUAUGCCAGCCCUGAAAUUGAGGGUACCUGAACAGCAAGGAAACACCUCUGAGUGCGGCAUAUUUGUAUUACACUAUGCAGAGAAUUUUCUGAAGGAUCCUCCCAAAGAACUAAUCAAUGAGCUUGACUGUACGUCCUGGUUUACACUGGCCGAUGCAUUUUCAAGGCGUGCACAGAUCAGGGACAAAAUGCAAAGUAGUUUAGAAGCACAGGGAAGUAAAGCAGAGGAAAACAAAGCAGAAGAAAGAGAAAGUGAAGAGCAAAUGGUUGACGAGAGAGGGCAAGAGGAAAACAUAGCCAAGAAAAGAAAAAUAGAAGGUAGAGAGGAAGAAGACAUACCUAAGGAAAGAGAAGAGGACAAAACAGCUCAGGGAAGAAACUAUACAGUUCUGGGAAGGCUGUCAGUGCCAGGCACCAAAAGAAAGUACACAGUCACUCAAGAUGAACUGAAGAGAAGAAUCAUGGCAGAAAACAUGUCAAACAACAUGUUAAGAAGCCUGAUUCGGGUUCGUAAAGAGGAUCUCCCUCAGGAGCUUAGAGAACAACGGCCGAUAAAAGCCAAGACAAAAAUAAGCAUCUUCUCUGCUCUCAGUGAAGGGGAGGCCACAGAUUUAGCCCAGGAGCUGGGAGCCAUGCUAGGGAGACAUGUAAACCUAGGCAUGAUUGCAAGUGUUCCCAGUGCUGAGGCAGACAUUGCAAAGAAUACACUCUGCACUCUCCAGUGCUUGCUGAGGGAAAAACUGGGAGAGGAAUCACCUUUUAGUCUGCUGACCCAUACAUUUGGACCACAAGUUGUAGAUGUUGUCAUCUCAUUUUUAAUCAGUCAGUUUAAGUAGUGGUACACUGAGCCAGUGAACACAAUAACAAAUGAAUGUUAAAUUGUUACAAACAUUGUCAUCUCAGUUAAUUAAGUAAUGUUACAGUUAAUUGAUUUAAAUAUACAACAUAUCACUGUUAGAGAACACAU